GCCGGCUUGUCCUCCUUACAUAAGCGCCAGCAGGUCGCCAGCUCUGCGCCGACAAGUCGACACUCCAGCCUGAGCGGCCGUGCGGCGAGCUCGCAGACCUCCGCAACCUUAUCACCAGCUCGCAGCCUCCGACUACCCGACUGAGCUGACCGACGUGUUAGCGGUGUCCGCGUGUGAGCUGCCUCUGUCCUGUCCUCAGCAGUACAGAACAAGCGCCAGAGGUUACCACACCCACCUAAACUUACUUACAAGGUCGCGCUCGGCGAUGUCGGCGCAGUGCAGGAGCUGUGACUUCGGCGACACGCCGCUGCUGUCGGGCGCGUGCGGCGGCGGCGCGUCGGCGUUCAUGCUGGCGCUGCAGGCGCUGCUGCAGGCGCGCUGCGACGUGUCGGACGCGUGUGGCCGCGUCGGCCGAGACUCGGCGCAGCUGCCGACCGGCCGCGCCUUCGACUUCAUCGUGGUGGGCAGCGGGCCGGCGGGCAGCACGGCUGCCGCGCGCCUCUCCGAGAGCGGCGCCACGGUGCUGCUGCUCGAGGCGGGGCCCGAGGACCCCACCAUCUCGCACGUGCCCGCCUUCGCCGUCACGCCCAUCCGCACGCACCUCGACUGGAACCUCACCACGGCGGUGCAGCAGAACGCGUGCCUGAGCCAGGGCGGCGUGUGCCGGUGGCCGCGCGGCCGCAUGCUGGGCGGCACCUCCUCCAUGAACGGCAUGAUGUACACCAGGGGACACGCGCUGCUCUACGACGCCUGGGCCGCCGCCGGCAUCCCGGGCUGGUCCUACAACGAGGUGCUGCCCUACUUCAUCAAGAGUGAACGCAACUUGAACCUCGACGAGGUGGAUCCAGGCUACCACGGGAGUUCGGGUCCUAUGGCGGUGCAGUUCUUCCCACACGCGCCGCCCAUGACGGAGGCGAUCAUACAGGCGGGUGAAGCAAUGGGCUACCGGAGGGGCGACCUCAACGGCUUCAACAUGACGGGCAUCAACCGCGCCCAGAUGAUGGUUCUGGACGGCCUGCGGGACGAGCCCAGCCGUUGCUUCCUGCGUUCGGCGGGACGCGCUCCGGGAAGUGGUCUGCGAGUCGUAAUCAACGCUCACGUCACCAAAGUGCUGAUCGACCCUGCCACACGCACAGCGUAUGGAGUCCAGUUCGUCGACAGCGCCGGUCAGCUGAAGGAGGCGAGGGCGCUGAGGGAGGUCAUCCUGUCUGCUGGCGCAAUCGGAUCUCCGCACCUCCUCCUGUUGUCUGGUGUGGGGCCCAAAGAGCACCUGCGCCAGUUCGGUGUCCCGGUGGUUCUGGACCUGCCCGGCGUCGGAAGGAACCUGCACAAUCAGGUAUCGGUCGCAGUGCCCUUCCUCACGGAUGAGCCCUUCACGAGAUGCCUUUCCAACAAGAGCGUCCAGGACUUCUUGCGGUACCGAAACGGGACGCUGGCGAGCACUGGCCUGACGCAGGUGACCGGCUUCUUCUUGAGCAAGUACGCAUCCAACGGCGUGCCGGACAUCCAAGUCUUCUUUGACGGCUACAACUGCCGCUGCUCGAAAACGGGAGCGGACGGAGAGUGCGAGGCGGGUGACUCGGGCAAGUGCGGUCCUCGCGUCGUGAGGGCGCGACCCACCAACCUGUUCCCGCGGAGCCGCGGGCACGUGCGCCUGACGAGCGCAGAUCCUCUGCAGCCGCCAGAGCUGCAGCCCAACUACCUUCGCGAGAAACGCGACAUGGACGUGAUGAUCGACGGCAUCCGUCUCGUACAGCGCAUGGCUAAGACUCCCCCACUGAAGAAGCUCGGCUUCCGUCUGGACACCAAGCCUUCGAAGGGAUGUGAGAAGGUCCCCUUCGAUUCGGACGAGUACUGGCGGUGUGUGGUGCGAACGGCGACCGGUCCCGAGCACCACCAGGCCGGGACCUGCAAGAUGGGCCCGCCGCACGACCCAAUGGCUGUCGUGGACGAGCGACUGAGGGUGCGUGGCAUACGAGCAUUGCGCGUAGCCGACGCGUCUGUUUUCCCUGUGGUUCCCAACAGCAACCCAACGGCCGCCAUCGUAAUGACUGGCGAGAAACUGGCCGACAUGGUUCUCCAGGACACAGUCGCCCACACUGGUGGCCUGGCAUCACGCUCCGGUGUCGUACCUACCAGAACCCACCACGGUUUUGCAGUGCGUUCCCCAGCCCUUUACCAGUUCCACGCUUUCUACGGCUAGACGCCAGUAAUGUGCUCAUCUCAGCACUUCGCUGUGGACUAUCUUUCAUCCAAUACAUCAAUUAUUUCACUGGCAUACAUUACAGCAAAGUCUUUUCGUAAUGUCUGCACCAUAAAUGUUGAUAGUAUUCCAGUCAAAAAAUGAGCCGAAUAACUACCAGACAAUUAAUCACAGAAAUCAUAAUUCAUUCACAGAUACGCAUCUCAUAUGUAUGCGUCUGCCACACAUAUCUUAUGUAUGCGUGUGUUUCCAAGAAAGUCCUGUCACAGCAAUAACGGGGAUUUUUGCCAUUCACCCCUCAUAACCUGCUAUAGGAGCAACACAAAGACAGCUAGAGAUGCACAAAGCGUCUAAAUAUACAUUUACACAAAGCAAAUAUAAUGCAGCUAAGAUUUACGCGAAACGUAAAUUUCUUUCCACUUAUUGCAUCAGUCACAAAGCACCAGUCAGACGGUUCAGUAAUAAAUGUAAUACGUUUAGCGCCUAAAUCAUGGAUCAAAUGUCACAAACAUUUGUUCGACUCAUUUAUUUAUUGGAAAAGGAGAACACAUAAUAUUAAAUAUUUUGCAUUAGCGUGAUAUUUACAAAAAACAAUAGAA